CACAUCGCACUUCACGCUCAAGUGUCUGUAAUCGAAGCUUUCGAGAUAUUUCCGGUGACAGCUCGAGAACUAGAAAUAAUUUGUGAUUUAAUAAAUAAUUGUGAAAUGAGAGGUUUUUGACUAUAUUAUUAACCUGAGGUGCUUUAUAUAUUAUUGGUAGAACAUAUCCUAACAAAAUGACGUUAAAUCCGGCAUAUGAGGCUAUAGGAAAAGGAUUCGUUCAACAAUAUUAUGCAUUAUUUGACGACCCGGCCCAGAGACAAAAUUUAGCAAAUAUGUAUAAUCCUGAAAGUUCCUUCAUGACGUUUGAAGGAAUGCAAUUGCAAGGGUCCUUAAAAAUUAUGGAAAAAUUGAACAGUCUUACCUUUCAAAAAAUAAACAGAGCUAUAACGGCAAUAGAUUCUCAACCAAUGUUUGAUGGUGGUGUUUUAAUAAAUGUUCUUGGAAGAUUACAGACAGAUGAAGAUCCACCCCACGACUACAUACAGACAUUCGUCUUGAAGCCAAUCGGUGUUAGCUUCUUUGUUCAGCACGACAUGUUCAGACUUGCACUUCAUGAUUCAUGUGAUGAAGAUCCUCCACAUGCCUAUUCACAAAUAUUUGUUCUGAAACCUUUGGGUACAUCAUUCUUCUUGCAACAUGACAUCUUCCGUUUAGGCAUUCAUGAUACUGCCUAAGUUAACAAAAGUAACAGCUGCAAAUGUUCAGUCAUCUUGUUUGGAGAUAUUCAAAAUUGUCUUGUGUAUAGAUAAUGUAUCAUUAUAUAUAUAUGAAGAUCUUAUAAUGUAUCAUGAUCAUGAUUUUGAAUCUUGUAUCAUAGGGCUUGUUAUUGCAGCACAUAUUUUUAUAUUUAAGAUAGAGUAGGUAACUAAUUUGAAAAUAAUGAAUUGC